GUAAAUAAACGAACCGAAGCUUUGUGUGAAUGUCACAAAAAUGCUUGGAAAUCGUGAGAGGAACUAUGACGACUUACAUUUCCCCUUUUGUGAUGAAGUCAGCAAGUAUGAAAAGCUCGACAAGAUUGGUCAAGGGACGUUCGGGGAGGUUUUUAAAGCCCGUCAUAAGAAAACAAAGAAAGUUGUGGCUCUGAAGAAAGUUUUGAUGGAUAAUGAAAAAGAAGGGUUUCCAAUCACAGCACUUAGAGAAAUCAAGAUUCUUCAACAGCUAAAGCAUGACAAUGUUGUUAAGUUGAAUGAAAUAUGUCGCACGAAACCAUCAGCAUAUAAUCGAUAUCGCUCUACUUUCUAUUUGGUGUUUGACUUCUGUGAACAUGACCUGGCUGGGUUAUUGUCCAACUAUAAUGUAAAAUUUAGCCUUGGGGAGAUAAAGAGGGUAAUGCAACAGCUUUUAGAAGGUUUAUUUUACAUCCACAGUUGUAAGAUUCUACAUCGUGACAUGAAAGCAGCAAAUGUACUCAUCACCAAAUCAGGGACUCUGAAGCUUGCUGACUUUGGUCUUGCUAGAGCUUUUUCCCAGCGAAAUGGUCAGCCUAACAGGUAUACCAACCGAGUUGUGACUCUGUGGUAUCGGCCGCCUGAGUUGUUACUUGGGGAGAGAAACUACGGGCCUCCUAUUGAUCUCUGGGGUGCAGGUUGCAUUAUGGCUGAAAUGUGGACUCGCACUCCAAUAAUGCAGGGAAGUACAGAACAGCAUCAGCUCAAUUUGAUAUCUCAGUUAUGUGGGUCAAUAACUCCUGAAGUGUGGCCAGGUGUUGAAAACCUCCCACUAUACUCUACAAUGGAACUUGCCAAGAACCACAAACGGAAGGUUAAGGACAGAUUAAAGCCUUAUGUUCGAGACCCACAUGCAUGUGACCUUAUUGACAAAAUGCUGACUCUUGAUCCCUCAAAAAGAAUUGAUGCUGACACAGCUUUAAAUCAUGACUUUUUCUGGAUGGAUCCUGUGCCUAGUGACCUGGGAAAGAUGCUGUCCCAUCACACCCACAGCAUGUUUGAAUUCUUGGCACCUCCCCGUCGUGGGAGACAACAGCAGCAACAGCAGCAACAACAACAGCAGCAACAGCAGCAGGCACCGACAGGCCAUGCUUCUCAGCAGCCCCAGACGUCUCAGUCAUCAGCCCAAGGUGGUUCUAGAAGAGCAGGCCACAGGCCAUCCGGCUCCUCCAGUGUUGCCAGUAUGUCUUCGUGUCCAGAGAGAAUAUUUUAGUUUCGUGUGUUUUAAAGACACAUCAUUAUCCACAAAAAGACAGCAUUGGAGAGAAUUAAUAUCUUUUAAUAUUGCACGAAGAGCAAAAGGUAUUUUCAUUAAAAAAGAAAAUAUGAGUGUUUUUAAUUAUAGAUCUGUAUUUUUUUAUUAGGUUGAUACAAAUCAGGUAAUCUGAAUACAGUUUCCUGAUACUCAUCAUUUUCAAAAUGGAAUUUUCUAUUAUAACAAAAUGUAUAUGUUGAACCUAACUACUGGAAUAUUAUGAAAUAUUUGCAUUAUUAGAAUAUGCCAUGAAUUAGGUUUAAACAUAAUUAGUGUCUUAAUGAUUUUGUAUGUUUUAUACAGUAUGUUUUUAUUUCUGGAGUACUACUUUCCUUUACAGAUGUACAUUUACUUAUAUGUCUGUUAUAGAGGCAGCAGUUAUUGAAUAUAUGUAUAGAAUAUUUAUAUUCAAAUAGCCUAUAAAUUGAUGCUACCUAUUCCUCUGUCUUUUGGAAAUUGGUAUACCAUAAAACAUUUGAAAUCCAUUGGUGCAAUAUUUGCUAAUUUGGAUUUUUGUUUCACACUUUCAUUAAAUGUAAAAUAUGGUUUUGCAUUAUAGUACUGUACAGUAGAUAUGACUAUUUAUUAUAGUAUGUUAUUGAUUCUAAAAUCCUGUAUAGUAUUAAAGUACCUGGUCUUUUUAGGUUUGUCCUUCACUUUUUUUGUGGCUAGCAAUGUUACCGCAUUGUUCUACUUACCAGAGUCAGUAUUAUGAUGUAUUUCUCACAUUAAGAAACUAUUGGAUUACUUUUACUACUUAAAUUAGGAUUCAGUGCUAUAUAAUACAUAAAAAGCAAAUGUAAGAGCCACAAAUUUUCCCUAGAAUUCCCUGCUAUGAUUUUAAACAUAUCUCUGGAAGAUGCCAGAUGGUGAUGACAAUAUAUCACUAUUGUUUAGGUUCAUUUGUGUGGUUUUGACCCAAUAACGUGUUACCUGUGUAUUAAUGUGGAUCUUAGGAAAGAAGGCGAAGAUUCACUCUAGUCAGUAAGCAGUUGAUACAUAGCUAUGCCUAUAAGAGUACAAAAAUACUUUUAUGUUUUUAUAAGACGGUUUUUGAGUAAUCUAGAACAAGGGCAAUACUCGGAGAACAUUUAUUUUUUGUCUUAGGAAGGAUUCUAAUGUGCAUAUGUUUUAUAUGAAAGAUUUUACUUUGGUAUUAUUGCAUAUGCAUAUUUAAUUUUAUUUUCUAAAUAUAGAUAUAUAUAUAUCUGUAAAUAAUUAGUAUGUCAUGUUGAAGAAUGUGAAGACAUUUGCACCUAAAAACUACUGCAUUUCACAUUUUCUCAAUUUACUUAGCUUUCUUUUUCUUUCUGUCUGUCUGUUAAUCUUUUUCAUUAUAUUUUAUCAUCUUUUAAGAAAUAUAUUUUACUUAGCCCAUUGGCCACAGGUAAUGAACUGUCCACUAUUUUUUGUGAAAUUUGUUGCACAUGGAUGGCUCCACAAGUGCUCAGCUAUCAAUGACUCAAUUAGUAGGGUGUAUAUGACCUCUCCUGAUUUUCCCAUUCCCUGUAUUUUCAGGAAAAAUGUUUUUUUUCCUGAUGCUAUUAAUAUUGAUACUGUUAUUAUUGUUAUUGAUAUAAUGUUAUGAAAAUACUAAAAGCAAUAAAAGAAGAAUCUUUCUGAAAAUCAUGGAAAAAGGUAAACAGGUGAGAUAGGUAGUUCUAGUUCUUAUCUCCUUGUUGACUAUGCAUUUGUGGAGCCAUCUAUAUGUAAACAAUUAAUAAACUAAAAUUACAGUGGACAUGGCAUGUGUCAUGUCAUCCCAGUACAAUGGGUUAAUUUUCUGAGAUAUCUAUGAGCCAUCCUUUAAACCAAAGAGAAAAUAGAUAUGUUUUGGAGACACUAAUAGUUAUACAUACCUUUAUUUCACUGUAAUUUCUACAUGUUUAGUGAGGUAGUUCUGAUUCAUUGUUUAAGAUAGAAAAUUAGUAGAAAGCAGACUUGGCAAACAUUUGCUAGUAUUAAAAGACUUAAAUGAUUAGUGGAUGGAAGUGUCAGCAAAGAUGUUUUCUAUAAUUAGUGUAGGGGAUAGAUUUAGAAAUACCUGAGAACUCUUUAAACAAGCAAGAUUUAAAGUGUUAGAUAUCAUUUGUAGUUGGGAAAUACAAUUAAUAGAUCUGAAAUGAAGCACUGACAUGGAAAUAAUUGUUUAAUAUAAACACAGUAUAGUAUUUUGAGGCAUAUUUUCAUAUGUUAGAUAUAGUGUAUUCAGGCGUUUAGAUGUACUGGGCAUUUCAAGUUUUAUAUGUUUUACACUUUAGUAUAAAGUAGUAUGUACAAAAAUUAGAGACUGCAAAUGCACAAAAUUAACAUUGAUUAAGACUAGUGUGCCCUCUAUGAAAAAAUGGACAAUUGAAACCCCUCCUCUCUUACAAAAGAGUUAAAAUAAGAUCCUGUCAGACCAAGUAAUAGGAAGAUAAAUCAUAAGCACAGUUCAGUUUUUAUAUAGAAAAAUAGAUCAUCCUGACAUGUCCAUUCAAGAAUCUUGUUUAAGGCAUUAUUUUCCCAGUGAUAUCUGAUUCAUAAAGUUUUCAGAAUUAGAUAGGUACAUUCUCUUUGGUUCAAUGGGGCCAUUGUUGUGUGUUGAUCCAGAAUACACACAGUAAAAGACAGAAUCUUCAAUUGUUUCAUAUUUUUUUAUGAAAAGGUUUGCUUAGAACUAAUGUAAAGAAAGAUUUAUUGGUUAUAUAUUUUUUUCAGUCAUUGAUAAUUUUCAGUGAAAAAUAUUUUUCAGAUUAUUAAAUUCUUACAGGUGUGGAAAUCAGUUGAUGUGUUUAACUGUAAUUCAUGUUUAUUUAUUAUGUUAUGAUUAUAGCUUUGCAAUGUAAAGAAGUUUGUCAUAUGAGCAAAUACCCCUCUCAGGGAGUAGAAACAAGUUACAAAAGCUUUGAAGAUGAAAGCUAUUACAGUACUUUGAAGGUGUCCCACAGAAAUAGUUUUCUGUAAAUAGAAUUCACUCUAAUAUUCAGAUAUUAUUUUUUCCAUGACAGCUACUCUGCCACAUUUGUAAAGCAAGUCCUUCUCUUCCUUGGCAGGUAUAUUCUUCAAGAGUUGUUAUGUUCAUAAAAAUAAAUAAAUAUACUUGUAUACAA